CAGUCAGUGCUGCAGUUGCUGGUGCUGACUCAGGAGAAGGAGAGGAAGCACUUGGUGAAACUGGUACAUGGGGUCUCCCUGGAGGAUUUGCAAUGGGAGGGUUGCACAGUUCCUCCAAAAGAGGAUAGCAAUAAGCAAGCUGCUUUAAGAAAUGGCUGUAUAAAAAGACUGAAGCAAAUUCAUGCCAGCCUGCAGACACACGUUCAGUCCCAGCACCAACCUCAAUUGCAGGCCCAAAUAAGCAGUAAAUCAGAAACAUGGUCCCAGUGGCAGCUGGAAGACUCUGCACUGCUCCUCUUGACUCAUCUGCUGGAGCUUCACGAGGUCCAAGCUUCUGUAUUACUGCCAGUACUGAUGGACAUGAGUGCACAGCAUCUCCAAGUUCUACGAGACAAAUACAAAUCUGAACUUCAAGCACAGGACUAUACCAACCUGCUCCAACUCUUGAUCUCAGACGCCCCUCUUACUUCAGGCUUUGUACCCACUCCUUGUCCACACUUGAUUGAAAACAGCAGCAGUGAGCAAAUGGCAACUGAGUUCUUCUGCAGUGUACCAGGAGAAGCCCAAAACAUCAGCGAUAGGUCAGCUAAAGCUCUGACAGCUGAUUCAGUCAGAGUCCAAGCUGCUGAUGGGACUGACAAACAGGACAUCUGUGCAGGUUGUGGAGUGGUCAUGGAGGAGCUGCCUUACCUGGAGAUAUUGUAUGUUUCUGAGGCAAGUAAUACUCAUCAGAAUCUGGCUGCAGAGAGAGGAGCCCAAGAGGAAGAAGAGGGCAGCACAACGAAAAGCCCCAAGAGCUAUGAGAAACAAGGCUCGCUGAUACCCCUUGCUUGGAGCAAACCACCAGACAAUGACAUAGACUGUGAUGCAAAGUCUGCAGAUGGUGACACAGGACAAAGACAGGAUGGUGACAGCAGCGUGGAGAUCCAAGGCCAGCUCAGUGACAAAAGCAGCACAGCUGAACACACACAGCAUGAUGAAGCCCUGAAGCCCACUUUGCUCCCAGCUGGCUCCCCAGUUCACCAUAUUGCACAGUCUGCGGGCCAACAGUAUGGCACAGGAGCACAGUUGACGUUGGAGGAGAGGCCAGUGGUUGAUCAACCACAGAAAGGAGAAGUUGUAUCUGAAAGUGACCGGCAAAUACACGCUUUGGUUGCAGAGCGCCCACAAGCUGUACAACUCCAUCUCUCUGUUGACCCUCCUGAGAUUAAGUCACACACUGAUGACCUCUGCUCUGGACUGGCCAAUGAGGCAGCUGAUGUAGGCAGAGAUGGUGCUGAUGCUGGAAUAUGGCCUGCUACAAAAGAGUCUGAGCUGCGGGACCUGAGUAGGCCUGGACCCGCUCACGCUGAGAAUCAAGAAUAUAAUUCACAAGCAGGAGUAGACUAUGGUCUCACAAAGAGGGGGGCAAUGAGGGAAUCCACACUGAUAGAGAGAGAGCAAGUCAGAGAACCAGUGUCUGCAAUGGAGAGAGAAAGGACGAUGCGUAACCUGGUGGACAUGCAAAGAAAGGUUGAACAGAGGCAGCAAAGAGCCAGAGAGCGACAACUGCUAAGGAUUCAAGAGCGUCUGUCAAUCAUCCGGAAUAGAAAGGCAGAGGAAGAUCUGCUUGGCCUGAAACACACAGACAGGCUGAAGCACCUCACACAAAAUCUACCACAGGAGGACAAGAACCAGCAGAAAACUGUUGUCAGAGAGCGACUGGAACAGCUGAAAAGAGAGCGCUCUUAUGUCAUGCAGUCCAAACGAGACAGAAAUACUGCAGGAUUUAAGGAGCUCCUGGGUCCAGUAGCUCUCCACAGCAGAGAAAGAGAGGAUGAGACAGAAUGAGAUUUAACAGCUGCUUAAUUUCAUGUGUCAACUUUGUCAGUCCCAUAUUCUUUCCAGCAGGGAGCCUCCCAUCACUAAAUAUCACAACAAAUGUCUGUUUUUUUACUGAUUCAAAUUCUCUUCAUCCACAUUGUUUCCCAUAGUAUUUUGAUGUGUUGAAGUAUAAUGCUGUAAACUUUGUAUAAAUGGUGGCUUUCCUGUUUGUCUGUGGUCACAUAGGUGCACAAAAAAUUACACAGUUCUCAACAAACUUAUAUUGACUGUUUAUUAAACAGUUCAUCUUGGCAAACAUAAGCAUCAACAGUAACGUCAUUUAUCAAUGACCCCCUUUAACUGCGUACACAUUAUCCCUGUGGCCUAAAUUACAUAUAUAGUAAGUCACAGAGGUGCAUGUUAACAGUCUACAGAGGUUCCAUAACUCCCCUUUAUAUGAACAUAACAUUUUUAUACUGGCACUGUUAGCCAAUUACCCACUUUUUUAAAGAAAUACUGUGACUACAGUACGAACGCUGCUGUAGACUGAAUGCACCUCAGGACUGGGGCUAUACUUAUUUACAGGUGUAUUGGGAUGGGAGUAUUGUAACAUGUUUAAGGACACAGCUUUUGGUAACAACUCUAUGACAGAAAGAUGUGUAUAAUACAGAGGAUUUGGUGUGGGCCCAGUGGUUUUCCUGCAAGAGCAGAGGAUUUCUCAGUCCUGGUGAACAGAAAAAGGCCGUCUAUAUGAGAUUGCCAGCAAAUAAACAUUCAGAUUUAGCUUUUUCCUCUUUAAUUUACCCUUUAUAGUGUCCACUCACACUGCAGUCAAAUACAAAGCAGAAAUACCUAUUGCCCUAAUAAGCCAAAACAUUCAACAGCAGCUCACACACACAC